CUCAGUGAGAAUUCGGCCUAAGAGCCUUAAUUCUGUACUUCCCCUCAUUGUAUAUUAUAAAAAAAAAUUGAAUAAUGCGUAACAACCAACAAUAAGCGUGAAGCUCUGUCUGUAACUAUUGUUGUUCGAUAGAUAAUUUUCAUUAAUAUUCAAGGAUUUUUUUAUGAUGUGAAAUUGAAUGAAUCCUUAGACAAUCAAUUUUUAAAAUGGGGAUUUUUGGAUUAACAACAUUUAUAUCAAAUCAAUCUGAGCAUUAUUUUACAAAUUACGCCCUACAUGAUACUUAUUUAGUAAUUGAUGGUAAUAGUAUAGCGCAUUGCUUAUACACUUAUGCAAAGUGUAAUGAUGCCUUUGGUGGUGAUUAUGACAAGUAUGCACGAUGCGUAUCAGAUUUUUUUGCUGAAUUAUUAAAGUGUAAUGUCACUCCUUUAGUCUUAAUCGAUGGUGGCUGUGAAGACAAGAAAUUGGAGACAGAUAUAUAUCGGACUAAACAGAAGAUUCAAAAGGUGUCACGCUACACACACUAUUUUAAGCAAGUAAGCCAAUUCUUUCCUCUUCUAAUGAAGGAAGUCUUCAAAGAUGUCAUGACUGAGAAAGGUAUUAAGUAUGCACAAUGCAUAUUCGAAGCGGAUAAUAUCAUAGCUGCAAUAGCACGUAUUCUCGAUUGUCCUGUGUUGAGUUACGACUCUGAUUUCUAUAUUUAUGGAUCAUUAUAUAUACCAUUUAACACAUGGGAAAAAGGUAUAGUUCGUAAAUCAACAGGCAGAGGCUAUAUGAAAUGUUGCAAAAUUUAUGAUGUUGAGAAGCUUUUUCAAGUUUACGAUGGAUUGAAUCAGACUUUGCUGCCUUUGGCAGCAAUAUUAAUAGGAAAUGACUAUGUGAAGAAAUAUACUUUCAGAAAUUUUUUCCAUCAGUUGGAAUUAUCGCAAGCAACAGAAAAGAUGUAUGAUGAACGACAAUGGCGUAUAGAUGCUACAUUUAAUUGGCUAAAGAAACUCAACUUAAAUCAAGCUGUAACAGAAAUAUUAAGCAGACUGCGAAGAGAAAAACGUAAGCAUGUAUUAAAUAUAAUAGAAACGAUGAUAAAUGGUUACAUCAAUGCAUCAUUGGAUGUUUUACAUGUGCUGGGUGUUCCGGUACAUCAGAUUUCGAAAGCAAAAUUACAGAAUAUAUUUAAAGCAUACAAAUUUGAAGGGGAUAUAUACAAUUUGACAUAUAUUGAUGAAAGCACAAGUGAAACAAAGUCAAGUGAUGACGAUGAUGAAAUUGACGACAAAGAAAUAACAAGCAUAUGUGCGGGAAAAGAGGUGGUCUCUAAUGAAUCUCUGGUUAAUAAUUUGCCACAGUGGUUUAUUAAUGAAUUCAAGCUUGGUAGAUAUCCUUCUUACUUUAUAAACAUCAUCAUACGGAAGUUGUACGUUUGUCGUACGCAAAUUGAAGAUCAUUUAUACAGCUCAUCUAUCUUUGCAAGCUUAAACAUUAUAAGCGUUAUUUAUGGAUUACUGAUGUCAGGAAUUGAAGAAGAAAAAACUUGCAUGGAGUAUAUAACGCGAGAUGGGAUAACAAUCAAGCGUUUUCAAUUGGAAUAUAACAAUAGUGUACUCGAUUAUAAAUUACCGCUUUUAUCCAAUUUGGGAAAAUUACCAAUGAUUACUAGAAAAGAAAUUUUAAAUAACACUUUGAGAAUUACCGAUGAGAGCUGUAUAAGUGAAAUUCCACCAAACUGGAAAUUAUAUGUUGCAACCAUGAAGUACUGGAUAGAUCAAAAACAACAAUCAUUUAAAGAGCAUAUGUAUAUUCUCCAUUGUUUUAUAUAUUCGUUAUUAUUUGCUAUGUUAUUUAACGUAAUCGAUCGCAAAAUAGGCGUCCAUAGAGUUCUACGCGAAUUUAAUCAUAGAUUCGAUAAACUUGUGGAAAAGAUUCAAAACACAAGAAAAGUGGAAAAUUAUCAGCCAGAAUAUUUAGACAACACUACACUCGUUAGUGCGCUUCAUAAAGUUGAUAGACACGAUUGUUGGAUUGCAGCCUCAUUUUUUGUAUCUAAUUUUGAGACUAAUCCAUACUUACAUCCAAACGAUUUCAAAAUUAUAAUUGUUCACGGUUUUGCGGAGUUUCAAAAUUGUUUAAGUCAUAGCAUGGCCUUGAAUGCAUUGUUGGGAUAUCCAUAUGAGCAAACCAAGGUUGCUAGUGUGUUCAGUGGCACAUUGCUGUACAAUCUGUGCAACAAUUUUAAAAAGUGCGACAAUAUUGAGGAGUACAUUAAUACAGUUUUGCAAAAUUCUCCGAGUUUAUUGCGAUUAUUUAAUGUACUUUUGUUGAAAGUUAAACCUUUGGUUGGUAUGGCAUAGGAAAAGGAAGUCGGUAGAUGUAAGAAUCAAGAAAAGCGUCUUUCACGUGCAAAUAAUUCUUUUUCGAUAUUUGAUGUUACGUAAAAUUAGGAUAUAUGACGAUACAUAUCAGUACAUAUUCGAAUAAUAUGUACUGACACGAAAAACUUUAAAAGCUAAAUUACAACAGAAAAUAAAAAAAAUUGUUUGACUUUUUCCAACGAUGUUUAAUUUACAA